AUGCAGCCUAUUGUUGGCAAGCUCAGGAAGAGGUUGGUCCUUGACAUCACUUGUUCUAUCGGUCUCGGCCUUGCCAUGGGAUAUAGUUACUGGUACGGCGUUCAUCUUCCUGCCGUGCGUCGCCGCGAUGACUACUACAUGAAGUUGGAAAGGGAGAAGCAGGCCUUGACUGCUUAA